UUCAAGUGCAUCCUUACACCGAGUUUCAAGUGCAUCCUUACACCGAGUUUCAAGUGCAUCCUUACACCGAGUUUCAAGUGCAUCCUUACACCGAGUUUCAAGUGCAUCCUUACACUGUUUCAAGUGCAUCCUUACACCGAGUUUCAAGUGCAUCCUUACACCGAGUUUCAAGUGCAUCCUUACACCGAGUUUCAAGUGCAUCCUUACACCGAGUUUCAAGUGCAUCCUUACACCGAGUUUCAAGUGCAUCCUUACACCGAGUUUCAAGUGCAUCCUUACACCGAGUUUCAAGUGCAUCCUUACACCGAGUUUCAAGUGCAUCCUUACACCGAGUUUCAAGUGCAUCCUUACACCGAGUUUCAAGUGCAUCCUUACACCGAGUUUCAAGUGCAUCCUUACACCGAGUUUCAAGUGCAUCCUUACACCGAGUUUCAAGUGCAUCCUUACACCGAGUUUCAAGUGCAUCCUUACACCGAGUUUCAAGUGCAUCUCAAUCUUAUGCACAGAUCUCAUCCCUUUCAUGGUGACUCUCCGUUAAUUGCUCUACUUUUCCAUCAACAUCUCUCAUUUUACUAG